CCCAUCAUUCAAUGAUGCUUUCAUUUCAAACAAUAAAAACUUUUAACACGAAAUGAAGUGUAUGUGUUUGGGGUAAAGUAAUGUUGGUCGAUAACUAGUGACCCCAUUAUACUAGAACUCUUCUGGCUUUGAUUAUUAUACAAACAAGGAUUUGUGGAAAAUACAACUCUCCCAGACCACAUUAGACUGAUGAUGAUCACUGGGUUUAAAGUUUCGUCAAUAACAAGAAGAAACAGGGUUACAAUGGUCAUACAAAUUUUAUGUUUCAUUUCUUUCUAUAUUACAGCUCUAAAAUCUCUCAACUUUACCAAUCUCUGUAUAUAUAUAAUAACUCUCAUGUCUUCCUUCCCUCCUUCAAAUUACAAAUAAUUAGGACUGCAAGAGUACGAUAGACAAUGUUAGAUCCAGAGAUAGACUUGUUUCCACCAACUUCUCCAACAAUUUCAUCAGUAUCUUCCUCUGAUUUCGACACUGAGUCUACAGGAUCGUUUUUCCAUGAUAGAAGCACAAGUUUAGGAACCCUAAUGGGAGUUAAUAUCCCAUCAAUUUCAGCUAGGGUUUCUACCCCUGAUAGUGAAGACAACAAUAUCAGGACUACUGCUAUUAAUGGUGGUGGUAGAGGGAAAAGGAAAAAGUUGAAGAAUAAGAAAGGGUUAAGAAGAGUGGUAAUUGUUGAUUCAUCAGAGAAUAAAGGGAAUAGAAGAUGGUGGCAACUUUGUAGAGAUGAAGAAACAAGACCAUCAUCUUUAGCUGAUUUUCUUGAAGUUGAGAGAAGAUUUGGAAACGGGGAUGAGGAUGAGGAGUUUUAUGGUGUUACAGAGCUUGAAGGUAUAGUUCAUCAACAUCUUCAUAAUAAUAAUCAAAAUCAAUCAGCUGGAAAUGGACGGUUGUUAUUUGCUGAUGGAAGGGUUCUCCCACCAUCGACAUCAGCAGCGGCAUCAUCUCAAGAUGUGACAGUGGAGGGUCCACCAAUUGUAGAGACUCUCUGUAGAUUUCCUGUUUUAUUUAGUGGGAUUUGUAGCGGUGGUGGUGGUGGUAAUGCUUCUGGGAAUAGUGGUGUCGGUGUGUAGAAAUAUGUCUCUUCUUGGUUUUUUUGCCUUCCAAUCUUACAUUGUGAUUUCGUUCCCCUUGCAAAAUCAAAUUUGUUUGUUUUCAUUUUUA